CAUUUGUACAGAAUAAUUUCCCGCCUCUCCCUUUUCCAUUUCCCGCUCUGAAAACCCUAACCCUAACCAUCCGAAAAGUAAUGGGGCAGAAGCAACAACCCACCACCGAUCCGACCGCCGAACCCAAAAAACGAAGGCGCGUUGGCUUCUCCAACAUAGAUGCUGGAAUUGAAGCCAACGAGUGCAUUAAAAUUUACCUAGUUUCGAGCGAGGAACAAGUGGGUGCUUUGGACAGUUUUUGCAUUGAACCCAUUGACUUGAAUGGCUUUUUUGAUGAGGACGGGAAAAUAUAUGGUUACCAUGGGUUGAAGAUAAACAUCUGGAUUAGCAGCAUAACUUUUCAUGCUUAUGCUGAUAUUACAUAUGAGAGCAAAUCUGAUGGAGGAAAAGGCAUUACAGACCUGAAAUCUUCUCUUCAGAGAAUUUUUGCUGAGACUCUUGUGGACAGUAAAGAAGACUUCCUCAAAUCAUUUUCAGAUGAGAGUCAGUUGAUAAGAUCUGUUGUCUCAACUGCGGAGAUAUUGCAACAUAAAGGCUCUAACGGACACAUUGGUGAUUCUGAUAGUCAUUUAGGGGCAGAUAGUUCAGAUUUGAAGGUUGUUCGCAUGGUAGUAGGCAAUGCAAGUACAGGACAUCUUUACAGUCGUGUGAUUCCUCUUGUUCUUCUUCUUGUUGAUGGUAGCAACCCAAUUGAUGUUACCGAUCCAGGAUGGGAAUUGUAUGUAUUGGUCCAGGAGAAAAAUGAUGAGAAGGGGGAUAUUGAAGACAAACUGCUGGGUUUCACAGCAGUUUAUCGCUUCUUUCAUUACCCUGAUAAAACACGACUACGACUCAGUCAGAUCUUGGUUUUGCCUCCUUACCAACACAAGGGUUAUGGUCGUCACCUUGUUGAGGUGGUCAGCAAUGUUGCAAUAUCAGAAGAUGUUUAUGACUUAACAGUUGAAGAGCCAUUAGAUUACUUCCAACAUGUGCGCACCUGUGUUGACAUACAGCGUCUGCUUGCUUUUGAUUCAAUCCAGGAUGCAAUUAAUUCAGCUGUUUCAAAACUGAAACAAGGAAAGCUAUCAAAGAAAACUCAUGCCCCUCGGUUCAUGCCGCCUCCAACUGUGAUUGAAGAUGUUAGGAAAGCAUUGAAAAUCAACAGAAAGCAGUUUCUUCAGUGUUGGGAGGUUUUAAUUUAUCUAGGCCUUGAUCCUGCUGACAAGUGCAUGGAGGAUUUUGUGACAAUCAUUUCAAAUCGCGUGAAGGCUGAUAUUUUAGGGAAAGAUUCUGGUAGUAGUGGGAAGCAGGUGAUUGAUGUCCCAAGCGAUUAUAAUCCGGAGAUGUCAUUUGUGAUGUUUAGGUCAGGGAAGGAUGAAGGUACUAGUCUUCAGAUGGAUGAAAAUCAAACAAAUCAAAAAGAGCAGCUGCAACAGUUGGUUGAUGAAAGGAUAAAAGAGAUAAAGCUCAUUGCAGAAAAGUUGCGUCCUGUCUGAAUUGUUAGCGAGACAUUCUAUUUCUAGUGGAAGUCUUACAAAGAUGCUUGUUAUGAGGUCCUUGUUGAGAUGCUCUAGGUUCUCUGAGCUGUCUACAAAUAAUCGAAGCUGUGUCCGCAUAUCUGAUCAAAGAUUUAAUGUAGAAUAGCUGCAGAUUUGAUCAAAGUAUAAUCAUCUAAAGUUUUUGUCAUACUCUCGGUUAUGCUGAGUCCAGUGGCCAGCGUUGUCUGUUAGAAUGUAGAAUAUUGUAAAAUCGAGACAAUUUUCCAAUCUUAAGAAAAUUGUUUAGCUGUUUGCACCU